AGGCUCCGCCCCGUGCGUGCUCCCUCCUGCGGGCCGCGCGCCCGCCCGCACGGUCCGGUGGGUGGGCGUGGGGCCACCUCUACCCGCUAGCGGCGGUGACUCGGCGACCUUGGGCCCGGCGGCCCUAGCGGGAACCCACCGGCCGGCCACAGCGGCGGCGGCGGCGGCGGCGCGAACUUUGACCAGCGCGGGGGGCGGAGCGGACUGUCCGUCCGCGGGCGGGCAGCAGAAUGUUGGCCUUCGCUGCCAGGACUAUGGUGAAGCCCCUCGGCCUCCUCAAGCCCAACUCCCUGACCAAGGUUUCCAGCCGCUUCAAGGCACACCAAGAUGCACUGCCCCGGCUGCCCGUGCCCUCACUCCAGCAAUCCCUGGACCAUUACCUCAAGGCACUACAGCCCAUCGUGAGCGAGGAGGAGUGGACUCAAACCAAGCAGCUGGUGGAUGAGUUUCGGAACCCGGGGGGUGUCGGGGACCGCCUGCAGAAGGGGCUGGAGCGCAGGGCCAGAAAGUCAGAGAACUGGCUGUCCGAGUGGUGGCUCAAGACAGCGUAUCUCCAGUACCGCCAGCCUGUGGUCAUCUACUCCAGCCCCGGCCUGAUGCUACCCAAGCAGGACUUUGUGGACCUGCAAGGCCAGCUCCGGUUUGCUGCUAAACUCAUCGAGGGUGUAUUGGAUUUUAAGGUCAUGAUUGACAAUGAGACCCUGCCCGUAGAAUACCUAAGGGGAAAGCCGCUGUGCAUGAACCAGUACUAUCAGAUCUUGUCAUCCUGCCGUGUGCCAGGCCCCAAGCAGGACUCAGUCAUCAACUUCAGCAAGACCAAGAAGCCACCCAUGCACAUCACCGUGGUACACAAUAACCAGUUUUUUGAGCUAGACGUAUACCACAGCGAUGGGACCCCCCUCACCUCGGAUCAGAUCUUCAUACAGCUAGAGAAAAUCUGGAACUCGUCAUUGCAGACCAACAAGGAACCCGUGGGCAUUCUCACCUCCAACCACCGCAACUCCUGGGCCAAGGCAUACAACACACUCAUCAAAGACAAGGUGAACCGGGAGUCUGUACGCUCCAUCCAGAAGAGCAUCUUCACCGUGUGCCUGGACGCACCCAUGCCACGGGUCUCAGAAGACGUGUACCGCAACCAUGUGGCUGGCCAGAUGCUGCAUGGUGGCGGCGGCAAGCUCAACAGUGGCAACCGCUGGUUUGACAAGACACUGCAGUUCAUUGUAGCAGAAGAUGGUUCCUGUGGGCUUGUGUAUGAGCAUGCCGCAGCAGAAGGGCCCCCCAUCGUAGCUCUUCUGGACCACGUCCUUGAGUUCACGAAGCAGCCCGAGCUGGUGAGGUCUCCCAUGGUGCCCCUGCCUAUGCCCAAGAAGCUGCGGUUCAACAUCACCCCAGAGAUCAAGAGUGACAUCGAGAAGGCCAAGCAGAACCUUAGCAUCAUGAUCCAGGACCUGGACAUCAUGGUAGUAAUGUUCCACCACUUUGGGAAGGACUUCCCCAAGUCGGAGAAGAUGAGCCCGGAUGCCUUUAUCCAGAUGGCCCUGCAGCUGGCCUACUACAGGAUCUACGGGCAGGCGUGUGCCACGUAUGAAAGUGCCUCCCUGCGCAUGUUCCAUCUGGGCCGCACAGACACGAUCCGCACGGCCUCUGUGGACUCACUCGCCUUUGUCAAGGCCAUGGAUGACUCCAGUGUAACGGAUCACCAGAAGGUGGAGCUACUGCGGAAGGCUGUGCAGGCCCAUCGAGCCUACACUGACAUGGCCAUCCAUGGGGAAGCCUUUGACCGGCACCUGCUGGGCCUGAAGCUGCAAGCCAUUGAGGACCUGGUGAGCAUGCCUGACAUCUUCAUGGACACCUCUUAUGCCAUCGCCAUGCACUUCAACCUCUCCACGAGCCAGGUCCCUGCCAAGACAGACUGCGUCAUGUUCUUUGGGCCUGUCGUCCCAGACGGUUACGGUGUCUGCUAUAACCCCAUGGAAUCCCACAUUAACUUCUCCGUGUCAGCCUACAACAGCUGUGCUGAGACCAACGCCGCCCGCCUGUCCCACUACCUGGAGAAGGCCCUCCUGGACAUGCGUGCCCUGAUGCAGAGCCACCCCCGGGCCAAGCUCUGA